AUGGACGUAGAAAUCCCUAUUGAUGAUUCUGAUGGAAUCUUUUCUAUAAAAUCGAUAAUAAUUUUAAUAUUCUUUGGAUUUUUUGGAUACGCUUAUUCUACACGAGAGGUUAAAGUAGACAACGACGAAAUCGACUUAUCAACCAUGAGCAAGAAAGAUCUAAUGGAACACCAAAAAUUAGAGAAAAUUAUUCAACAAAAGAAAGCUGAACUUGAAAAGUUAGAGCAACAAGCAAAGCGCUUCCAUAAAACAUCUAAUUAA